AUGGAUACAUCGGGACCAUCUCAAACUCCGGUAGUGGCAGCCUCCCAAAACACUCUGGAUUUAUCAAAUCAGGAAAAUAUCGAACGACUAUUUUUGCGGCUUCUUGGUUGUGAUAAUGAUGAAAAGCUUCAAAAGUUUACCGAUAAUCAUCUUUGCGAUAUUCUUGAUUAUGCUGGCAAAAAUCCGAAUAAUGCUUCAAAGUUCAUGGAGAUUCUUACCCAUUAUAAUAAGGUUGUGAGGAAUAACGCCGCUAUCAUAUUCCCGUGUGAGCGACUAUUGCAAUUAUUCGAAAGCGAGAAUUCUGUGGCAAAGAAUUUCUCGCAUAUUUAUUUGAAGCUUGCCAGAGAUCGAACCCCACUCGAGCAGCAACUCAAAAUGCUCCCAAAUUUUAUAAAUGUUCUUCAAGCCAAAUGCGAGCAAGAGAACUAUGAUUUCGGCAUGGACUUUUUCUAUCUCUGCUAUCCAGCGUUGAAGCAUUUGAGCACCAUCCAACAUGAUCAGUUUCCUCUAGCUCAAUACCAAAUGAGAAAAGCCGCACAAUGUGGCCUUGAGACAGCAUUUCGGCGAAUUUUUGCGUUUCCCACUCCUCAGUAUUCAAUGAUCCAGGAGAAUUUGCGAAAUAUUCGCGAUAAACAACCAAUUGUAUGCCCUGGAAUGAGUGUUGAAGAGUAUAAACUGACCGCCGAGAAGAUUUUCAAUUCCGACGAUGUGAACGUCGCCGAGGUGAAAACGGUCGCUGUGAAACUUAUUGGACUGGGAUUUUUUUUUGAUUCCAUCGCGUUUCCACUUUUAACACUGGCAGCUGCUUCAAAUAAUGACGGUGUGAUGCAACAUGCUGAAACUCUACUGAAACGAAUCGAAACUUCAAAAUUGAUUGAGAAUCAUACUAUUCUAAUGAAACUCUACGCGAUCUACCUUGGAGACGGCGAGCCUGAAAAUGGAUCUCAAAAAAUUCGGCAAGCUGGCACUGUGGCGAUGAAGCGAAGGGUGUUGCCAUUGUUGGUCAAAUCGGAAUCAGCACCCUACAAAUUUCCGAACAAUUUGAAGAUUAUUUUGGAUGGCUUGCGAUGUAACGACACCGUCAUACAGCGUGAAAUUCUGAAUUUCAUUGCGUGCGUCGUGAAUUCGAUGACGCCGCAAGCGCUUCAGACCAUUCCGCAUCCCCUAUUCAAGCGACUUCAACAGUUUUUGAAAGAGAAACGAUAUAAAAAUGAUAAUAUCCAAUCUUUGGUUUACCAUUGCCUCGGAUGUUUGGGACGAAUCGCGCCGUGGAUUGUACCGCAGAAAAUGGAUUUCAUAGAGGAAUUGAUCGAUUCGAUACCCUAUGAUUCUAGAGAUAUCGGCUACGCCAAAGUGGACUGUCUCGUUCGUUGGCGCGACGCGUUUUCCGUUCUCGACUCAUCAGCGAAGAGUAUGGAAGUGAGAAAGCGCUUCAAACGAUUGAUCGAGAAGCUUGUUGUGCAUCCGCGGCGGCGAUGUCGAGCGCUUUUGAUCAAAUUCAUUGAAACCGCACUAUUCGAUGAGAAUAUUGACGUGACUUGGGUGCUCAUUAAAUGCAUGACCGAUGACGAGCGCGACGAGGGCCGAAAAGAAGCGAUGCGCCUUCUCGACAUGACGCUUGUCCAUAAAAAACUUAGUCUGACGGCAACGAUCGACGAGCUAUGGCAACAUUUGCGCGUCGACAUUGAGAAGGAGAACGGCGAGGAGCUCAUACUUCAAGAGGGCACAUUUCCGGCAGCAAUGCAUCAAGCGAGUGCCCAAUUUUUGUACGCUUUGGCUGAAACGAUCACACUGGAUGAUCCGGCCGAUUUGAACGUCGAUGAAGACGAUUUGCUUUGGACGUUUGUCUCGCCAAAAAUGAUUCGAAUGAUUCGCGAGUUUGUCGACGUGCCUCGCCUUUUGAAGGCGCUGAAAAUCGCGUUGCACGCGAUUCAGAAUUCCAACGACGCGCAUUUGUAUCGUGUCGCGACGUGCUUCGCGAUUUCCUAUUGCGGUCUCGAUGGCAUCACGCCGAUGUCGGUGUUGUUCCCGCAGACGAUUUACCAUAGUCUUGCGCGAGUUCGAGACAAUCCGCGAUCGAUGUCGGCUUAUUAUGCAUCGUAUUUGAUCACCAUUCUUAUUGGUGAAAACGAGGAGCUUCGAUCAGGCCUCUAUGGUCCGAGCCUUCAAGAAUUGAUGACGAAGGACAUUCCGGGACUCUGCUGGACGUGCGCCACUCUUGUCACACCAGUUCGAAUCGGCGGCGUCGAGAUCACCGCGUAUCAGAGGAAAUGGCAUUUGGAUGCGCUCGAUGUCGCCAAGAUAUUGAUCGCGUUGGCCGAUCAGGGCUAUCAGCGGCAAUCGUCGACGCUGGAGACGUCGCUGGGUGCGCUCGGCUUCAUUCUUCGGUAUAAUUUGAUUGACGUCCCGUUCAAGGACGAGAUUCGCGAAGUUUGCGAGAAGAUCGCCGUGUCGCGAAAAGACGGAAUUCCGGCGAAAGGGCGCGAGUUCGCUGUCAACUGCAUCGCGUGGCUUGUCAAAGACUCGUCGGCGACCGAAUAUCAAGACGCUUUAGAAUCGCUGUUCCGAAUUGGCGAGGGCCCACCUCAGUUGGAGCUUCAGAUUAUUGUUGGCGAGGCGAUCGUUGACGCGAUUCUUGGCAAAUUCGCGCUAUCGCGACGCAACUAUUUCACGAUGUGCGAGACCGACAUGCAGUUGGAGAAGGUGAUUUGCGAUCCGAAUGAGCUGCAAGUGAUUCAAUCGCGCAUCACCGAGUGCUUCAUGAGAAUUGUCAAUGAGAAGAUCGCGUCACUGAAUCCGCACUUGAGGCGAAGCGCGUUCACAUGGCUUCUUAUAAUGACGGAGAAAUUCAUAAAAGUGCGCGCCGCCGCGUUGGACGACGACGCUUUCUUGGCGACGCUACAGAACGCGUUCGCCGAAGGCCUCACCGAGGAGCACGAGUUCACGCAGGACAUCGCCUCGAAAGGAAUGGGAAUGAUUUAUCAGACGGCAAGCGAUGCGCUCAGAAAACAAUUGGUGCAGACGCUCAUGAAGGCGUUGACCGAAGGCAAUGUGUCGACGCGAAAAGUUCAAGGCGACACGCAAGUGUUCGCUCCGGGACAGUUGGGAACGUCGCCGAACGGGGACAACUUGACCACGUAUAAGGAAAUUUGCUCGAUGGCGACUGACAUGAACCAGCCGGAUCUCAUCUACAAGUUCAUGGCGUUGGCGAAACACAAUUCGGUGUGGAACGCGAAGAAGGGUGCCGCUUUCGGGUUUAGCGCCAUCAUGGUGCAGGCGAAAGAGGAGAUGCAGCAAUAUUUACCGCAACUCAUCCCGAAACUCUAUCGAUACUUGUAUGAUCCGGACGUCAAGGUUCAAUCGGCGAUGCGCUCUAUUUGGGACAUUGUGACGCGGAAUCGCCGUGUCACGAACGGAAUGGGCGUCGUUGAUCAGUACGCGGACCCGAUCGCGCGCGAGCUUCUGCCGGCGUUGACCGACAAGGAAUGGCGUGUUCGCGAAUCGGCGUGUCUGGCGCUCGCCGAUUUGUUCAAAGGACGCGACACCGAGGAGAUGCGCGAGAACAUCCCGUUGUAUUUGCGAUCGGUGUUGCGCGUUCGUGACGACGUCAAAGAGUCGGUUCGACGGGCCGCCGAUCGAGCGGCGGAAACGAUUCGACGCGAGAUUUUGUCGAUCGCCACCGCCGCCGAUGAAGAGGCGACGUCGGAAUUCCUCGAAGUCGUGAUACCGCCGAUCGUCGAAGAGGGCAUUCUACGAGCGUCGGUGAACACGAACAAGAAUUUCUGUUUACGCCUUUUGUUGGAUCUGGCGAGAUUCUCUGGCAAAUACUUGAGGCCCUACUUACCGUCGGUGAUUCCGAUUCUGCUCGAUAUGUUCAGCGAGAGCGAGUCCGGUAUUCUCAAUUAUGCGGCUGUACGAGCGACGGCCGCCGAACUCGAAGAGCUAGAUGACGCUCGAACGAAAAUCGCUGCAAAAUCUUCAAUGAUGUCCGAAAUUUGCAAAAUGAUCAUCUAUAUCGACACUCAAGUUCUUAGCGAGCUGACGCCGAAGAUUUGCAAUCAAUUGCGAACGUCGGUUGGACUCUCGACGCGAAAUGGCGCCGCUCAAUUCGUCACCCAUUUGGUGCUUCAGGCGCCGCAAUUGAUGAUGGACAAUCGGCCGCAAUGUGACAAGCUUUUCCAAGCGCUUCUCACUGGGCUCAAUGAUCGUAAUAUGUCGAUUCGGAAGCAGUUUGCCAACUCGUUGUCCUAUAUUGCCAAAUAUGUGACCCCUACGUGUAUUGAGGCGCUCAUGAAAAAGGCGAUUUCGAUGCUCAUGACUGAUGAUGAAACUACUCGGGUUUCGGCUCUUCAUAUAUUCUCGAACCUCUUGAAUAAUUGCUCGGAACUCAUGGAGGGCUAUUCGUGCGAUUUGGUCCCGUAUGUUUAUAUGGAGACGUUUGAGCAAGUUCCGAAAGGCGAUGAAAAAGCGAGAAAGCGCCACCAGGAAUGGCUCGAUUUGUGGGCUCAAAUUGUGCCAAGCACAUCGAGCGCUGUUCGCCUCUAUCGCAAUGAAAUCAUUGAUGUGGCGUUGAAGAUCAUCGCUGAGAAUGAGGUGUGGAAGGUUCGCGCGCAAGCUGCUCGAAUGGUUGCGAAGACGGUGGCUUGGAAUGAUGAUCAGAUGACGAAAGAGCUGCAAGAGAAAUUGCUGUCGGUGUUGAUUCCAGCGGUUUCGGGACGAGUUUGGACCGGAAAAGAGGAUGUUGUUGAGGCGAUUUCCAUGACAAUUUGGGCGGGACGCAAGCUAAACGCGCUUGACAAGGAGACGUUGGCGAAUGCUUCAUCGGUUUUGCGUCGAGAAUCGUCGAAACGAAAAGUCGAUUAUGCGUCGAGCGCGCUGCGAUCGUAUGCGAAAUUCGCGGCGGCAAUUGAAGACACCGACGCGGCUGAAUGGAUUCGAUACCGAAUCAAGGACACUAUUGAGCGACUCAUCAAUGCCACUGGUGCCAGCGAUGAGGAAUCUGGCGACGAGCUUUACGGAUUGUCGAAUAUGGAUCGAGCGAUUCGAGUCGCUGGAAUUGUUAAGCAUCAUCUUGACGCGCUUGUCUUAUCAUUUUUGGCGUUUAGAGAAGGAUCUGAUGCCUCGGCUUCGGUUGAGUUGUACUGCGAAUUGUUGCGGAAUGGAAUGGUGGCGUGGAAGGCGAAACAGGAGUCCCUCUUGGAAAUGUCCAAAUACAUCGACAACUGGGAGCUUCGAUCGCCGUUGGACGCUACGGCUCUCGCCUGCUCGUUGUACACGUUGGCCAAAGAAAUGGACGAGCAGCAACGGCCUACCGUAUCGCACGACGCGAAUCUAAUAUUCUUGAAACUUCGCGAUCGCGAAAUGUUUGAAAUUAAUAUAGAUGGAUUAGAAGAAGGCAUGAAUGUAGAGGAGAGCAAAUGGAAAAUGACUUAA